AUGAGCAGGAAGGUUGGUAGAAUGGGAAAUAAGGGGUCCAGGAGUCGAGUAAGUGAUCACGUCGCUAUACCAUGUUCAUCAGCUCCGGUGCCAACCAUAAAAGUUACUCGCUCUUCUCUGGAAUGGCCCGACAGUCCAAAGCCCAAUGCUCCACCGCCUACACCAAUGUCCGAAAGAAGUAUCGUUGCGGACAGUCACCUGCCAGCCGAACAGACUACUACUCCAAUAGUGAACGGCUACUGUGAUUACGACGCAAGAGAGACGAUGGUGCUAGCAGGUACUCCACCGCCAGAUCGACCUCCACCACCCCCACCCGAUGACGAUGUGCCGUACGAUGGCUUCGAAAACAUGGUUUCAUCGGGGUACUCGGAUCAACUAUUGCCUUCACUGCCACCUACGCCUGCACCAAGAACUGGCUUCCCCGUUAUCAAAAGAAACAUUAUUUACGCAAAGGACCGGAUUGCAAAGUUUGACCCACUGAGUACUGUAGAACGUCAGAAGAAUUACAAAGAUUCAAGGCGAAGCGAUGCGUAUUCCACUGAUACUGGAAAGAUGUCUUUUCCUUCGAAAUACACUCCGUUGACAGAAUCCAGCACGGCCACAGUUACCUCGACGACCUACGAUGAAUACCCUAUUUACAAUCCUGUGAUUGACUACAACUUCAAAACUGGCAUGUCAUUUCAGCAGGGAGUAUUCCCAAUCGAUACUACACGCACAAACAUCGGAUUUUGUGGAAGACAGGGAUCUGGCAAAUCCUCGCUUAUCAAUGCAUUGAGAGGUCUAACAAUGUCCGAUCCGCAAGCAGCAGGUCGGACGGCUUGCACACAGAUGGAGCCUUACAGAUUUAUGGAAGAGGAGCUGCAGCAUAUUGUAUUGUGGGAGAUACCGUACCCACGAGCGUUUGCAUCCGUUACCGAUGUUUACGAUAGGAACAUGCGUUUUGAACGAUUGUACGAAUCUCACAAGCUAAAUCUGUUUCGUCACAUCUUUUUGCUUGUGGCUGAUGGAGCUCCUCAUGACGACGAUAUUUCCAUUGCAAAAAUCAUUCAUUCACGACGAACUCCGCUUACGAUGCUUCUCACGAAGGCCGACGACGAUCUUGACGCUGAGUCAAGAGAAAUGGGCCGCUCUAUUGAUACCUCGCUAAGAAACGAAUACGAAUCGAGAGCUCGCAACGUCUUUAUGAAGUCGUUGAUGACUAAGGCGCAAAUACUUACCUCAACGGAGCUGCUCAUAAUUAGUAGCCCUGUUGUUAAGAAUCUAGUCAGUGGAACUAUAGGUUAUUUGCAUUACAAAAUUGACGAGGACAAACUGCUGGAACUGGUGAACAUUCGCCCUGGAUGCCAUUAUAGUUUAGAAAAUAAGCUAAGAAAGAAUAGAGAAGAAGCGGAGCACAUCCGAAACAAUAAUGCCUUGGAUCGCACUGGCAAGGAUCUUCCCCAUUCGAGGAAAUCAUCGAGUGAUCGCACGCCGGCCUUGUUCCAUCCUCGCCAUAUUGAAAAAUCUACCGUACUGGCCGAUGCCGGCUUCGAAAUACUGUACGGAACAGAUGAUCGGGUUUUCGGUAAUCUUGAACCAAAGUCGACAGCUCGCCGGGCAGGCAGGACAGCGCUAAACUAUGGUUUUAUUGGUGGAUCAGGUGUUGGGAAGUCGGCGGUGAUAAAUGCAAUGAGAGGAAUGUCUAUCAAACAUCCGCUCGCUGCUGGAAAGAAACGUGCAAAACGUGGCCAAUGCGAACGCUUUGAGUUUGAUGAUGAAAUUCUCAAAUACGGCGUAACUCUGUGGGAGCUUCAUUACCCGAAGAAGAUUAGCGCUUACUUUGAAUUUAUCGAUCGUCACAGAGUGGCCAGUUUCACCGCCCUAUUCGUUCUCAUCGAAGGCACACCUUCGGACGAAGAUCUCUCAUUCUCGAAGAUUGCGUAUCGCAGAAACGCUUCGAUAGUGUUCUUAUCGUCCAAAAGUGAUCGUAAGUUAGACGCGCGAAGUCGCAGUGAUGAAAUUCCUGUGUGCGACCUUCUGAAGCAGCGUUUCGUCGACAAAGGAUUGGCUCGAUUCGACGCAACACUCGCGGCAAGUGCACCGGAGCUGUGUGGAAGGGUGCACAUCUUCUUUGUUAGCGCACCUGCAUUCCGAGCGUUAAGGAAUGGUGAUGCUCACGGAAUGCAAUAUAUCUUACAUGAACGAGCUGUGUUCGACUUUUUGAAGCAGAAACGCAUCGUAGCCGAUCUACUCGACUCACCGGAGGAGUACAAGGAGGGCUUGCAUGCGAACGUUAACUAUGACACAGCUGGAGUAACAGUAGAUAACUCUUAGUACGCGAUUUUUUUCCUGUCCAUUUUCUCUCGACAUUCAUAGAGAAACCGUUUAUGUUGUGUUUGGUACGCUAGCUUUAAUAUCUAUGAUUACAUAUAUACGAUUAUUACUAUUUGUCAUUAGCAUCGUAUUUUGACAUUCAUUUCAUGAUUCAUAAUUUAUAAUGAAUUGAUCGAAAAUUAUUUGUGCAUAGGCAGCUAAUAUUUCAUAGGAUCAUUUAUUAUUUCUAGCUUAACAGAAGAUUCUAUUUAUUGGUAUGCAUCAGUAUCUGCUCACUUGUUUAUUUUGUAUGGAAAUCUUGCAUGCAAUAUCGCAGCAUUGAGAACGC